UGCUCUCGGCACAGGGGGCGGGUUUCCCUGCGGGCCCGAGUCGCCGUGAGGCGCCGCCGGCUAAGCGCGCGCCACUGUCCCCACGGUCUGCGAGUGACGCUGUCAGAAGACUCUUCUGCGGUACAGCCCGUAGCCUCGCCACCCCCAAGGUGAAAGCGAGCGACGAUGCGAGCGGGUGACAGCGCCCGGAGCCUCCGCCCGGCCUCGGGGCAGCUGCACUGAGCCCGGCGGCGGGGCCCGGUCCUCCGCUCUCCCCAGCGCUCCCAGGCGUUCGCAGUGUCCCCGCACCCGCCGCAGCUAGCGGCCGCCGCGCCUGGGCCAUGGGGCUGCCCACUCUGGAGUUCAGCGACUCGUAUUUGGACAGCCCGGAUUUUAGGGAGCGAUUGCAGUGUCACGAGAUCGAGCUGGAGAGAACCAACAAGUUCAUCAAAGAGCUGCUGAAGGAUGGCUCUCUGCUCAUCGGGGCGCUGAGAAAUCUGUCCAUGGCUGUACAGAAGUUUUCCCAGUCUCUGCAAGACUUCCAGUUUGAGUGUAUUGGAGAUGCAGAAACUGAUGAUGAAAUUAGUAUUGCUCAGUCACUGAAAGAAUUCGCAAGGCUACUUAUUGCUGUAGAAGAAGAAAGGCGCAGACUGAUUCAAAAUGCUAAUGAUGUAUUAAUUGCACCCCUUGAGAAAUUUCGAAAAGAACAGAUCGGUGCAGCUAAAGAUGGAAAGAAGAAAUUUGACAAAGAGAGUGAAAAAUACUAUUCUAUUCUGGAUAAACAUCUGAAUUUAUCGGCUAAGAAAAAGGAGUCUCAUUUGCAAGAGGCAGAUUCACAGAUUGGCCGAGAACAUCAGAACUUCUAUGAAGCUUCAUUAGAAUAUGUCUUUAAAAUCCAAGAGGUUCAAGAGAAGAAGAAAUUUGAGUUUGUGGAACCGCUUUUGUCCUUCCUUCAGGGCUUGUUUACAUUUUACCACGAGGGAUAUGAACUUGCCCAGGAAUUUGCACCGUACAAGCAACAGCUGCAAUUCAACUUGCAGAAUACACGGAAUAACUUUGAAAGCACUCGGCAAGAAGUGGAGAGACUGAUGCAGAGGAUGAAGUCGGCCAAUCAAGAUUAUAGACCUCCCAGCCAGUGGACCAUGGAGGGCUAUCUUUACGUCCAGGAGAAAAGACCACUGGGUUUCACAUGGGUUAAACACUACUGUACUUACGACAAAGGAAGCAAAAUGUUCACAAUGAGCGUCUCCGAUGUGAAAGCCAGUGGGAAGAUGAAUGGCCUUGUUACUGGUUCACCUGAAAUGUUUAAAUUAAAGUCAUGUAUCCGACGGAAGACGGAUUCCAUUGACAAGCGCUUCUGCUUUGACAUAGAAGUGGUCGAAAGGCAUGGCAUCAUUACACUACAGGCAUUCUCUGAAGCUAACCGGAAACUCUGGCUGGAGGCCAUGGAUGGGAAAGAACCGAUUUACACGCUACCUGCCAUAAUUAGCAAGAAAGAAGAAAUGUACCUAAAUGAAGCAGGGUUCAACUUUGUGAGAAAAUGCAUUCAAGCUGUAGAAAUGAGAGGCAUCACCAUCUUGGGCCUGUACCGAAUAGGAGGAGUGAACUCCAAGGUCCAGAAACUCAUGAACACCACAUUUUCUCCCAAGUCCCCUCCUGAUAUGGACAUUGAUAUUGAGCUCUGGGACAAUAAGACUAUAACGAGUGGGCUGAAAAACUACCUCAGGUGCCUUGCAGAACCACUAAUGACUUACAAAUUGCACAAGGAUUUCAUCAUUGCUGUCAAGUCAGAUGACCAAAACUACAGGGUGGAGGCCGUCCAUGCACUGGUGCACAAACUGCCGGAGAAAAACAGAGAGAUGCUGGACAUCUUGAUAAAACACCUUCUCAAAGUAUCACUACAUAGCCAACAAAAUCUCAUGACCAUCUCGAAUCUCGGUGUCAUAUUUGGUCCAACCCUGAUGAGAGCACAGGAGGAAACUGUGGCCGCCAUGAUGAACAUCAAAUUUCAGAACAUAGUGGUGGAAAUCCUAAUUGAACACUAUGAGAAGAUUUUUCAUACUGCCCCAGACCCAAACAUUCCUCUUCCUCAGCCUCAGUCUCGGUCUGGAUCCCGAAGGACCCGUGCCAUCUGCCUGUCUACAGGUUCUCGGAAGCCCAGAGGGAGGUACACGCCGUGCCUGGCAGAGCCUGAUAGUGACUCCUACAGCAGCAGCCCAGACAGCACUCCCAUGGGCAGCAUAGAGUCGCUCUCUUCCCACUCCUCUGAACAAAACAGCACCACAAAGUCCACUGCCUGCCAGCCCAGGGAGAAGUCAGGAGGGAUCCCCUGGAUCGCAGCUCCAUCACCUUCCAAUGGACAGAAAAGUCAGGGUCUCUGGACAACUAGUCCAGAAUCAAGUUCUCGAGAAGAUGCAACCAAAACAGAUGUGGAGUCAGAUUGCCAGAGUGUGGCCUCCAUCACCAGCCAAGGGAAUGUCUCUCCCCGCAUAGACCAAGUCAAAAAAGGGCCCUAUGGGCACCCAGGACUGAAAAGAUCCCCUGCUUCUUCCUCUCUCAGAGCCAUCUCUGCGGCUGAAGGAAACAAGAGCUACAGUGGAUCCAUUCAAAGCUUAACUUCUAUAGGCUCCAAAGAGUCACCCAAAGCCACACCAAACCCAGAGCUGCCUCCAAAAAUGUGCAGGAGGUUAAGGCUAGACACUGCCUCCAGCAAUGGCUACCAGCGACCUGGCUCAGUAGUGGCAGCAAAGGCUCAACUAUUUGAAAAUGCUGGGUCACUCAAGCCAGUUUCUUCUGGACGCCAAGCCAAAGCCAUGUAUUCCUGCAAAGCAGAGCACAGCCAUGAGCUGUCCUUCCCCCAGGGGGCCAUUUUUUCCAAUGUGCACCCGUCGGUGGAGCCAGGGUGGCUAAAGGCAACCUAUGACGGCAGGACAGGCCUAGUCCCUGAAAACUACGUUGUCUUCCUCUAAUAGCAUUAGUGGAUGGCAGUAUCUUCAUGGUAUCCAUGGUAACACAUAAUAAGUGCUAUAAUUUUAUCUGACACAGAUAUGAGGGACCAGCCACUAAAAGAAACAUCUAUGUGUCUCAAGUUUUUCACCAGCAGACUAUGUAGCUCCCAUGACGGAAAGAGAAACACAAAUAUUUGCAUCAUAGCCAUUCUUUUGGCUGUUUUCUUACUUUUAAAAUAUGCUUGUUUAUUUUUGGAUAUGAAGUGAUUUUCAACAGAGUCUGCUCUCUCUAGCAGUUGCAGAAUCUUAGAUCCUGAGCUCAAUUCUGCAUACCCAAAAUAUGGAAGUUAGAAAUCUGCUGUACCCAUGUUAAGAUUUGUUCCUUAUUGCCUGAUAGUCUCUGGGGAACCUUGAAAUCAUUACUUUAAAAAUGUAAUUUAAAUUGUUCAUUUAUUAUUUUUGUUCUUUUUAAAUGUACUGUUUAUAAUGUGUGAUUAUUUUGCUGGUCCUAAACAUUUCAAGAAGAUCAGUCUUUGUUUUAUCAUAACUAUAUUUUAUUUGUUUUCUAAAAUGACAGUAUCUGAAAGCAAUAGUUAUAUGACGUCUAUAAAGUAAGCAAGUGUAAGUCAAACACUGAUUCUACCAUAAGUAGUCCAUCCAGAAUAUUAGAUGGCCUCUCUGGCUUCUGAGCAAAAGUCAAAGAAUCAAGUCUAUAAAGCCUGUAAGCAAACAAUUUGUUGCAGGCUAGAUUUGACUUGUGAAGCACAGAUGAAUAACCCUUCCUUUAGAAGUUAUGUAAACCUAUCUUGGGACUUUUAUAAAAUUUUCCAUUAAAACACACGUGUUAAUAAAUCACAUGUGCAUAUUUUUUGCUUCCUAUUGGUAUCGUGACCUUAUAGUGACCAUUGUGGGUGAACUGUAAAGAUGUGAUGUAGCAUGCAGCCGGCCCACUUGAAAUGCCAAGUAUUUUAAUGAUGGGGAAGUUGUGCCUCAGAUGCUCUUGUAUAAAUGAUAAAAGCAUUGUUUGCAAAUCUGAAUUGGGAAAUCGUGCCUUCUAAACCUUUUUAGUGAAAACAGGAAACAAACACCAAAGUACUCAAUUCUUAGACCACAAAGUCUGCUUUUUAAAAAGAUUGGUUUAUUUAUAUAAAUGUUUUGUCUGCAUGUGUGUAUGUGUACUACAUGUAUGCCGUUUACCCGUGAAAGUCAGAAAAGGGAGGUAGACAGCCUCGAACUGGAGUUACAGAGGCUACUGAGUUACUGAUAGGACUUCAGAUUGCGUCCUCUGGAAGAGCAGCAAGUGCUUCUAACCAUGAGUCUCAUCUCUAGCCCCAGACCACAGAGUUAUAUAAGCAAGCAAGCCGUCAUCGUUAACAGGAGUGAGAUGUACAAGGUUUCCUUCUAUGGCAUUCAGCCAUAGCCUUUCCUAUGAAUCCCACUGAAUUGUAGACUUCAUACAGCAGAGAGGUAUUUAGUCUCCAUUAUUAUGUUAUCAACAAAGGGUUCUAUAUCAGCCACUUCUUCUAUUGUAACAUAGUUCAGUAAUUCCAACAUAAAAUUCCUAUGAAUAUCUACAAUCACAAAAAGCCUUUCUUCAAAAAAACCCAAAAACCAAAACAAAACAAAACAAAAAGCCUUUCUUCCCCAUAGCCUAAAAGGCUGCCUCACCAGAGCCUCUCCAUGUGGCCUUGUUAGCUAACUGACUUCUUCAAUGUUUUCUAUGGUUCAUAGACACUCAGGUGUCUAAAGAGCUUACAUGUUAUAGCCUAGAGUCCCAGUUCACUCUUCAUUACAUCAGAAUUUCUAGGGAAAUAAGCAGAGUAUACACACAAUGUUGUGUGUCAGAAUAUCUAUGCUUUUAAAUGAAAUAAGAUAACGGAUUAGAAUUAAUGAGUAGAGAGUAACAGUUGACAGACAGAUGCACCCAGAAAUUACAGCAGUGAUCUGAAUGCAAUGGGUGGAAAGCAUCUCAUAAAGACUGUGGCAUGAUAGGAAACUGAUAAAAGUUUGGCUCCUUCUUUUUCUUUCCUCCAUAUUCUAGUCCUUGUACACCGCAGUGAGGUAUUGCUAAACUCCUUGGUCAAGGUAGAGCUUGAUGACUUUUAGUAUACUAAUAACAUUGCUGUCUCUGGUAACCAUUUACUGGGACAAAAGGUAGCUUUUAUAAUGCACCAGUAGCCUGUCUACAGGACUUUCUGUUGAAGCCCUUUGUCAUUAACCUCUUGCAUAGUGUUAGAUCAGAGCCCCUGAAGAGAAGCUGGUUUGCUCUCAAAGACCAGCGUGACAGUAAAGAUCCAAUAUCUUUCUCUACCGCUGCUGCACAAAGAAAUCCCAACUUUUCCUUUUAUUUUAAUGUAGACCCGAGCAUUCCUGCCUCCCAAUUGUCUGUGAGCUAAACUAAUAGAUGCUUACUGGGGACUUAGACCUUAGUAGGACAUGGGUAUGAAAUCCAGCUCUGCUUUCUGAUGGUGAGAUCUACUUUGUGUCAUUAUUUGUUGAGGUUCCUUCCCUGAAACAAGACAUAAACAUGCUGGUUCAUGUUGCACUUGUGCUUGCAAUUUCACCUUUUAGAAUUUUUUCUUCAUGUUAAUUAUAUGUGUAAGGAAACCAUGAUGAUAUAUGAUAUAUGGGAGAUAGGCUAAGGGUGUUUUCUCCCUAAAGUAAGUAUCCUACAGAUGAAGCAUGCAGAGCACUACAAAAACGAAGAUGUGUGCUCUGGAGUACACAGAAGGUGCGCUGGACAGGAGAGCAUUGCGGUGAUGGAAGAGUCACGUGUCAAACUGUGAUACUGUUGAUGACAUGAAGAACCGUACCUGUGAGACAGUGGGAUGUGUUAGAACUGUCAUAUCCACACUCUGAAAGCUACAAUAUGCACCCAAAUAUAUGCCUAUAGUUUGAUCAAUGUGAGGAUGUCUUGGGGGUUGAUGUAAUUCCCUUGGGUGUUCUCUGCAAGUCUCCUUGGGUUUGAAACACUGAUGUAUUUGACAGGUGACUUUUGGCCUAUUCUGCCAUCCCACUUCAUUUGGUUCAUACAAGUUAGUCAUUCAACUGAACAAUUUUCCUAAUGUAUUGUGUGUCAGUAUCUGAAAAGUAAAAUAAACUUUCAAUCUCUCCAGUGUC